AUGACCCGACGAGGUAUAUCUUCUGCCGCUACCAUUCUCCUCGAUUCAGGCGCUGCUUCAAAAUUUAAAGAUCAACUCUCUACCAUCAGAUCAGUUACAAUUCCUGUUGCUGUUAUAAAUCCCAGGUCAACGACGCCACAAGUCAAUGUAGCAGAGACGAUGGAUUUGAGCAGUGGUGCGAUUGUGGGAAUUGUGUUGGGUUCUAUAUUGGGGUUCCUGGUGUUGUUGGUGUUUGGAUAUAAGUGCUGUGUUGAUAGACGAUCUGCGGGCUGGAAUGCGAGGUAUGAUGGAGAUGGGGAUGAAAUUAUAUAUGGGGAUAGGAGAAAUAAUGGAGAAGGACGAGGAAGAAAUUUGAAAAGUGGUGCGAGAGGUGGGGGUAGAGAGGAUUGGGAGAUGAGGUGUGAGUAUGAUGAUGGUGAUGGUGGUGGGAUUAGGAGGAUUGAUAAAGUGGUUGUGGGAAAUGAGAGGAGAGGGAGAGGAAGGAGAUAUAGGAGGAUAAGGAGAGAGAGGGAUUGGAAAACGGAUGAUAAUGAUUGUUAUAAUAGGAGAAACAGCAGUCGUGAAUGGGAAAGAGGAGGGAAUAGAAGAAGAAAAAGAAGGAGGAGGAAUGCAUGGGUAGUAAUUGAGAGAAGAGGAAUUCUAGGUUGGGGCAAACCUGUUAAGAACUCAAGGGAAGAAGUUUACGGAGAGGAAUAG